AGGAAAGUGCUGUAAUAGUUUUGGUUGCUAUUUGGUGUUUUUGGAGAAAAUAAAAUUUAAUAUUUACCCAGGGGGGCUGUAGCCCCAUUGUGCCCUAAACAUAAAUGAAGAUUAAAAAUAAAAUAAAAGUUACUCUACGAUGGCGAUAAAGGCUAAUAUUGCCACUUUGGGUGAUCAUAAACCAUAUACGUCAAGGGAGUAAACAUUCCUGAAACCUCGAGGUGAGGUGAAACCCGCGUUUGUCUGUCGCUGCUUUCAGAAGGAUUGUAGUAAUGGUGCUGAUGCGGGAUGAGUCAGGCUAUAUGAUGCUGUUUGACUCGCUUCCAUUUCAUCAGCACAUUUCUCCAUCUUCCAAACGUGGAUCUAAACAUGACAGGCGUAAAGCAUCUUUGACUUUUAAGCGACUUUGAUCCUGUCCGUGACAAUUUUAACAAAGCGCCGAUUCAUCUUUCGCAACAUUCAAGCAAAAGAAAUCGCCUACGCGGCGCAGUUUGUUUUUCUGUAGCGACAAAUGAACUGGUUAUAAUUUGGAUUAUUAUAUUUAUUUUAUUUGUCUGUCAUUACGCCCAGCGAUUUCUAAAGAGGCUUCAACCCUUUUGAGACUAUGGACUCUGCUGUUUGCCAGCUCUGAGGCGACCGAACAAAAAACAACACCUGAAUAGACAUGGAAGCAAUUUGGCUUUACCAAUUUCGACUGAUUGUCAUCGGGGACUCCACUGUUGGAAAAUCAUGUUUAAUUAGGCGAUUCACAGAGGGCCGCUUUGCGCAGGUCUCUGACCCGACAGUCGGAGUGGAUUUUUUCUCUCGCCUGGUAGAGAUCGAACCUGGGAAACGCAUUAAACUACAGAUUUGGGAUACUGCGGGCCAGGAGCGCUUCAGGUCUAUUACCAGAGCUUACUACCGUAACUCUGUAGGAGGUCUGCUGCUCUUCGACAUAACAAAUCGCCGUUCCUUCCAGAAUGUCCACGAGUGGCUAGAGGAGGCACGCAGCCAUGUACAGCCCCACAGCAUUGUCUUCCUGCUGGUGGGUCACAAAUGUGAUCUGGAACCACAGCGUCAGGUGAGCCGACAAGAGGCCGAAAAACUAGCUGCUGCGUAUGGCAUGCGCUACGUGGAGACUUCAGCACGUGACGCCAUCAAUGUGGAGAGGGCAUUCACAGAGCUAACGCGGGAUAUAUUUGAGUUGGUGAAGAACGGGGAGAUUACCAUCCAGGAAGGCUGGGAGGGAGUGAAGAGCGGCUUCGUACCAAAUGUGGUGCAUUCCUCAGAAGAAGUGACAAAGGGUGACCGUCGGUGUUUCUGUUGAGUCACCAAUCACCACCCUGGUAUCUAUUAAACGUUUGGGCCCUGGUGGUCAAUAGGAACGCUCCCUCCAAUCACAGGGUCAGUCUUCAACUCCCUGAUUAAUUACAUCCUCACCCCCUUCCUGCCUGCUGGAUUCCUAAAGUCCCAACACAUCCUUCACUUUUCCAUACUACUUUUCUUAUUUCCUGAAUCACACAACCUUGUAUAUGGCUGAACAAAACUAGUCUCAGACUCUUGGUAAUGAAAGGUUUGUAUAUGUUCAGAAUCCUCACUGAAUGGCCUAUCAGAACUACAACCCCAAUUAAAAAAAUUUGGGACAGUAUGAAAAAUGCUAAUAAAAACAAAAAGUAGUGAUUUAUAAAUUAUAUUCACCCUUUGCUAUAUUGAAAGCACCACAACUACACAUUAUAUGAUGUUUUACCCUGUAAAUUUCAUAGUUUUUUUAAUUUUUUUUAUUUUGAAAAUGUACAGUAAUUUCAAAUCAGAUGAUUGCAACAGGCUCCAAAAAAGUUGAGACGGGCAAUAACAAUUUGACGAGUUGAAAUAAGGCGAUGUGAAACAGGAGAUGUUAAACAGGUGAGGCAGUUGUUUCAUAAUACUGUAUACUGUUGUGGCAGACAAGCCUCUCGUUCAUCGGGAAAGAAGGAAGAAGGAACCGGAUUAACAAUCAAAAAGACUUUAAUUCAACAUAAAACACUGAACUGAAACAUAACAAAAGCGCACACACAAAACACUGCUGCGGCGUCUCUCUCUCUCUCUCUGGCGUCCCCGGCUCCUCCUUUUGUCUCUCUCCCGCUGAUUGGGCAUCUCAGUGCCGGGCAUGACUCCUCUCGGCCUCUACGGCCUCCUCCUCGUCACAUACUCCCACCUCCCGAUUCAGGCCGGGGAACCUCCGGUCUGGCUUACUCCCCCCCCCCUUUCCUGGAGGGGAGGAGUUGCCCUUUCUGCCAUUCCGUCACCAGCUGGUCUUCCCCACAUCCUGGGUACCUGGGUAGAACAAGGGGAGGGGAGAAAGACAGCGGGAGAGAAAGAGAGAGAGAGGGAGAGAGAGAGAGAAAUUAAAAGAUAAAACCUCUGGUUCCCAACCAUUCAGUCCUCAGCCAGCUGUACAGUGAUCCUCCGCGACACCGGGCAAUGGCACUGGAUUCUGCCUCCUGGUGGCCAGCAGCGGUUCCUCCACCUCCCGGAGGACGGCAGCGGGUCCUUCGUCCCCUGGUGGACGGCAACAGCGCCUCCGCUUCCUGGUGGACGGCAGCGGUUCCUUCACCUCCCAGCAGAUGGCAGCAGAGACUCUGUCUCCUGGCGGAUGGCAACGGCUCCUCCGCUUCCUGGUGGACGGCAGUGGCUCCUCCGUCCGAAUAAGGAGCCUCCAAAAACAGCCUAGUCCUUCAAGACCAAGGAUAGUUCAAGACUUGUUAAUUUGCCAACAGAUGCUUCAGCAAAUAAUCCAGCACUUUGAGAACACUGUUCCCCAAAGACAAAUUGGAAGGAUUUUGGGCAUUUUACCCUCUACAGUGCACAAAAUAUUUAAAAGGAAUAGGGUCAAAUCUCGGUGCGUAAAGGCCAAGACGAAAACCAUUUCUGAAUGUGCAUGAUCUCUGAUCCCUAUGACAUCAUUGUCUUAAAAAACGGCACACAUCUGUAAUGGAUAUCAUGAACAUGGGCUUGGGAUAACUUUAGUAAACCUUUGGUAGUCAACAUCACUCGCCACUGCAUUCACAGAUGCAAGUUAAAACUUUACUAUGCAAAGCAGAAGCCCUACAUCAACACUGUCCAGAAGCGCUGCCGACUUCUCUGGCUUGGUCUCAACUUAGAUGGAAAGUAGAACAGUGGAACUGUGUUUUUUGGUCUGAAGAGUCCACAUUUCAAAAAGGUUUUGAAAAACAAAGCCGUCGUGUUAUCCGGGCCAAAGAGGAAAUGGGCAGUUCAAGCUGUUAUCAGCGUCAGGUCCGAAAUCCAGUGUCUGUAUGAGCCAGAAGUGUGUCAGAGCCCAUGGCAUGGGUAACUUGCACAUCUGUGAGAACACUAUGAAUGGAGACAUUUAUGUAAAAAUUUUGGAGCAACAUAUACUGCCAUCCAGCACCGUCUUUUCCAGGGACAUCCCUGCAUUUUCCAGCAGGAAAUGAAGACCCUGUACAAAUACGCAGACCUACAAAAUGAAUAAAUGGGGGAAAACUCCACUUUCUAAACUUAACAAACUUGUGUCUUCAGUGCCAAAUGCUUAAUAAGUGUUAUUAGAAGAAAUGGUGAUGUUUCACAGUGGUAAACACUCGACUGUCCCAACUUUUUUGGAGCAUGUUGCAAUCAUCUGAUUUGAAAUUACUAUACAUUUAAAAACAAAAAUUAAAUUCACAGGGCAAAGCAUAUAAUGUGUAGUUGUAGUGCUUUCAAUAUAGCAAAGGGUGAAUAUAAUUGACAAAUCACUCAUUUUUGUUUUUAUUAGCAUUUUCCAUACUGUCCCAACUUUUUCGGAAUCGGGGUGUAUAUCUGCACUUUAAUUGUAUGUGCACAUCUGUCCAUCAUUCUAUCGAGCCACUAAAGUUAAACUUCCCAAAUGAAGAAUUAAGAAGUUUGCUUCAGACUUUUUGCUUUUUCCUGCAUCUGGGACUGAAACUGUUCCAGGUGUAUUUUUUAGGUUGUAUAACGGAGAAAUAACUGAAUAACACUAGUUUUACUUGCUGACUGCACUAAUGAAUGCUGGGAUACCUAUUUCUGUUGACUUGAAGAACUCAGAUUUGAACAAUGUGAUGGCUGGGGGUGCAACUGAAUAUUGACUUUUAUCUCCAGGGACAAAAGGAAGAGAGGAUAUACUGCGAUACAACAUGAAGAACUAGAACUGGGCAAACACCUGACUUGUAAUGUUGCAGAAUUAUACCGAUUUCAAAGCAAACUUGAUUUUCAAAUGUUAUCAAAGUGGUUCGAAAUGACUGUCACUCACAUAGUAUGACUGUAAAUCAUAUCACCUCAUUUUAAGAUCUAGAACAAAUAUAUGUCCCCUUAUUACUGUUCCAAAGGGAUUAGUGAAAGUCUGUAAGUGCGAGCCACAGAUGGAAUAUUAAAAUUUGGGUGCAUUGAUUAACUAAGAACAUCUCUUAUCACACAUUACCACUGGAGGCCUCUGGUUGUCACCAGAAUUAUAAAGAAAACCUUAAUCUGUUGUACUUUGGUGCAUUCUUUACACCAUUUAUCCCAAAGAGUGUUUCUUAUGUUACAGCUUGCUCCUCCUGUAGGUUUUUUAACUGCCCAGUGAGGGUCCAUACCUUGUAAGCAUAUCUACACAAAACAUGUUUCCUGAGAGCUUGCAUUUCCAUGUAUUUUAAAAACAACUUUACUUUCUGACAUUACUUGCUCUUCACCUUCACUUUUGAGCCGACAGCUACUUUCUUUACACAUGGGACAGGAUUUGUUGAUACUGUUCACCAUGUUAAACAAUGGACUGAGCAGUUAAUGUCACAUAGCUGGAUGAUAUGUUAGGGAAGGGCCAGAGAAUUUUGUAUUGGGUUUACCACUUGAUGUCUCUCCGUAUGCUUUUUGAUGCUGGUGUGAUUUGGACUUUCUAGGACUGGAAUCGAGUUGUACAAACGCUACUGACUCUGUUUCAGUGAAUUUGAAACACCCUGUACCUCUUUAUGAAGGGAACUCAAAUCUACUAAAAAAUAAAGUAACGUUAAAAUCUG